CCUGCUGACUAUAGAGUGGGAAGUUUGGCAUCUCAUUUGGUUUCUUCAGCUGAUGAAAAUGAAAAUCAACUUGACGAUGAUGGGAAUGAGGUUCUGACCAGUAGUAGCUUUGCUAUGGGACGACAGGAUAAAGGUGAGCAGGACAGCAUCAAUAAUAAUGAGAAUAUGGACAGUGGAGACUGUACCCCAAGCUAUAAGGAAAGUGAGACUGAGAGGACAGCUGCCCAUGUGGACCCCCAGGUGGAGGAAAAGCGUAUUACAGAAAAACAGCCAGAUGGAAAAAGAAGUCCAAGAAGCAAAAGAAGCUCCAGUAGAAAAUCUAAAGGCGUUCCUACAGUGGGAACCACAGCGGUCAAGGAGGAAAAUACUCUUAUUACAGAUACAGAUUCUGUACAUGCUGUUGAAGUGAAUGAAAACUUUCACCAAAAAGAACAAAAACAAACGUUGCAGUCUCUUUUCUCUUUGCUCCGUGAAGAGGUUGAGCAGAUGGAUUCAAAGAUACUGCCCCUGUGUCUCCAUCAGAUAGCUGAGACCUAUUUUCAAGAGGAGGAAUAUGAGAAGGCAAUGAAGUUCAUUCAGCUUGAACGACUGUAUCAUGAGCAGCUGCUUGCAAAUCUUUCUUCCAUACAGGAGCAGUGGGAAAGGAAAUGGAAAACAGCAGUUCCUAGUCCAGUUACAACACUGAGGAAUGCAGCUAAAGAACUGAGUGGUGAAGAGUUGGAAAAGCUUACUAGAGUUUGCUCUUCGCAUCAACAGCCACAGGCAUCCAAAAAUAAGCUAGUACCUGCAGAAAAUACAUGGGAAAGCGGUUGUUUGCUUCAGUUAAUGGAAUCAAAAAAUGUAAAGGAAAGGGAAGCUGCUGCUUCUAAAUCAGGUACUGAAACUUGUCCUGGCGUUGGACCAAAGAAAGAAGAUAAACAGCUGAGCACUCGUUCUCCAGGUGAAAACAAAACUGAGAGACAGGCAGAGGCAGCAAGCCUUUGGGUAGCUGCAGGAAAGGACCACACGGAGGAGCAGCGCUGCAGUGCUGAAUCGACAUUGGAGCCACACACCCAGUCCACAGGGACAGUGGGCAGGCCUUCUUCGGGCUGUUUAUCAUCUGGGGAUGCCGGUAAAGAUAACAGUUUGCAGCUGAGAGAAAGACAGCUCUCUAAGGAUGCAGAAAAAAUAGGAGGCACAGCUGGGGAGCCUGGAGUGAAACUCCCUCUUGAGCCAAUGGUAGAUGCUUUGGUGUUAACAGAUGCUGAUUAUAUGCCUGGUGAUUUGGUUCCUACUGAUAAAGAUGUUCAAGCUGAUAGAAAUCUGCUCAGAUCAAAAUAUGCUGCUGGCUCUUCAGAAAUUGCUAGUGGCCAGCUUGGAAACAGUGAUUUAAAGCAGCAACAGAAACAGCCUGAUGAUGGUGAUGAUGAAAAAUCUUCACGGGACAGAACUGCAUCAAACGUGUGCUCUGGGUGUAAUGAAGUGUCUGAGCAUGAGAAUGCUGCGCACUCACAAGUGUGCAGGGAAACACAGAGAACAGCAGGACAGGAGGAGAAGGCAAAUAAUGAAGAACACGAAGAUUUAUUUCUCAGAUUUUUAAAUGGUAAUAUAAUAGACACUGAAGAAUCAUUUGCAAACUUAGCAAACCAAGAGGACUUUGACACUGUUCCAGAUAUUUUACCUGAACGAGCAUCUUACAACUCACUAGAAGCUUUAUCACUAGAUGACAGCUUUUCUUCUCUCGAUGAACUUGCAAGAAGGAUAGAGAUUGCUGAGAUUGCCCCAGCAGAAGGAUUGGUGUCAAUACUAAAGAAGAGAGAUGACAGGGAAGGAAAAACGAUUGCUCAAGUCCAGCAAAGGCAAACAAAGAGAAGGGUGCGAUUCCAAGAAACGGACGACACAUUGGAUCAAGACGAAGUAGCUGGCGGCUCCUGUAUUUUGCUGAUCCUGCUGUGCAUAGCAACUGUUUUCCUUAGCAUUGGAGGAACUGCAUUGUACUGCACCUUUGGUGACAUGGAAUCCCCUGUAUGCACUGAUUUUGCAGCCAACAUGGAUUUCUAUUAUACCCAGAUAUUGCAGCGUAUAGAAGAACUUAAACACUGGAUAGCCUUCUCAUAG